ACAAAUUAGAAUAUGAAGAAAUUAGCGCAAAUUCACGCUCACAGUUCACAGUUCACAGUGCUAUUUUGCCAAUUGCCAGAAACAGAUCCCGGCUUACUGGCUCGGCAGUAAUAAAGGGGAUAACGCACACAAGCGUGAACGUGAACCGCGUACGCGUUGUGUAAUGCAUUAUCAGUUACUAGUACUGGGAUUGGUCUCCAGCGUGUGCGAGGUUAGGUCAAGUGAUUAUUUUUCGUCUCGAUUCAAGCACGUGUGAGUAUAUUAGAGUGCUUGUUUAACGUCGGUCUCGUGAAAAAUGACACAAGUCGCGCACGAGGACAACGAAUUAAAAAGAUUGCUCAAUAAUCCAGCGAAAAAUGUGUGCGAAGAUGGAUCCAUGGCUCCGCCGUUAUCGACCAAUGUACCAAGACCAAGCACAUCGCAAAAUAUCAAUCCGCAAUCGGCGAUGAGCCCAAUGACACCGGCCAACAGCGCAAAGGACGUUUGGGAGCCUUGCCUACAAAACGUAGUCUCCACAGUUAACUUGCAGACAGAAUUGAAACUCACUUAUAUUAACGUAAGAACGAGGAAUUCUGAAUAUAAUCCAGCGAGGUUUACCGGACUGAUAAUGAGAAUACGGAAUCCUAGAGCGACAGCAUUAAUCUUCAGCUCAGGAAAAUUGGUAUGCACCGGCGCGAGAAGUGAAGACGAUUCACUUUUGGCAGCAAGAAAGUUUGCCAGAAUAAUUCAAAAGCUUGGAUUCCCUGUAAAGUUUUCCUCUUUCAAAGUACAAAACAUUGUUGCAACAUGUGACGUAAAAUUUCCAAUUAAACUGGAGGGUUUGUAUCGAGAGCAUGCUCAGUUCUGUAGUUACGAGCCAGAAUUAUAUCCUGGCCUGAUAUACAGAGUGUUAUAUCCUAGAGUAGUAUUACUGAUAUUCGUGAAUGGUAAAGUUGUAUUAACAGGAGCAAAAAAUAGAUCCGAACUAAAAGGUGCAUUGAAUUUUAUAUAUCCAGUAUUAAUGCAAUUCAGAAAGAUGUAAUCUGUUCGUACACAGAACAAAAAUGCUGUCAUAAACAAAAUAAUAUGAUGUAAAUAUAUAAAAGUUAAUUGUAUGAUAAAGAGAUAUGUAUUAGGUACCUAAUAUAUUUGAAAAUCUCUGUCAGAUGAAAGAAAAGAAUUUAUAUUUUGUACGUUUAUACAUUUUUUGUAUAAUGAUAUAAGAUGAGUAUGUGUAAUUGAUGUGUUUUAUAUAUUCUGCGAUUCUAAUAUAUAAUACACGCAAUUUUUAAUUUAGACAUAAAAUUAUGUUAGAAAAUAUUUGAAAUUAUUAAUUUUGGCUAUACAAUUGUAUAUAUUUUCUUGCAUAUAUUUUACUGCUCAUGAUUAGGAAAAAUUAAGAGAACACACACGCUUUUGUUUAUUGUUAAAAUAUAUGUAUAUUUUAGAGACUUUACACAAUAAAGAAAAUAAACAUCA